AUGAUGAAGAUGGUCGAGCAGCAGGUGGAAGAGGUCCGGCGCCUCAACAAGAACAAGCGGCAGCUCACGCACCAGGCGCUAAACCUCAUCAUGGUCAUCACGAGCGCGCUCAUGAUCUGGCGCGGUCUCAUGGGCUGGACGCUCGGCGAGUCGCCGAUCGUCGUCGUCCUCAGUGGCAGCAUGGAGCCGGCGUUCCAGCGCGGUGACAUCCUCUUCCUUGACAACAACAAGCCCAACCUCGACAUUGGCGACAUCGUCGUCUUCAAGAUCAAGGACCGGGACAUCCCGAUUGUCCAUCGUGUGCUCAAAGGCGACAACAACAACGUCGACGACCGUGGGCUCUACGCGCCGGGUCAGCUCUGGCUGCAGCGCGGCGAUAUCGUUGGCAUUGCGCGCGCCUCGAUUCCGUACGUUGGUAUGGCGACCAUCCUCAUGAACGACUACCCGGCCCUCAAGGUCCUCGCCGUCGGCCUCAUGGCCAUCAUGGCCUUUACACAGCGAGAAUAG